CACGGACGCCAGGUCUCUCUAAGUUUCACCACUUCUCUCCGCCAUGAUCAACACUUACCACACCAGCGUGGCUCCACCACCGGUGCCUCCACGCCUCAACAGGUCAACCCCUGUCCUCUUCCCGGCUCCGCUUGCACCUCAAGGCCACAACAGGCCUCUCAUUCGGUUCUUGGUUGGUGUAGUGGUGCUGCAUUUACUGAUGUCUGUUGCAGGAUUCAUCUAUCUGUACCAAACUGGCAAAAUGGAAAAAAGCCCUUCAAGUGAAAGACAAGCUGCUUCUCUGUUAUCAGAAAAACAAGAAAACUCCUACAGAACCUUAGCACGCAUGGUGGUUGAACACAAAAAAACACAGAGUUGGGACAUGACCCGCUCAGUUCAAAAGAACAUCAACUACUACCGCAAAAGCUGGCUGACUAUCCAGCAGCCUGGUGAUUACUAUGUGUACUCCAGGGUGACUUUCUCCAAGGGUGAUCCUAAGAUCCCACUGGCCAGUAUAGUCAAGCUCAGGAAGAAUGAGACAGGAAAGGAGACUACUGUGAUGCAGGCCUACUGUAACCUGGACAGCACGUCUUCAGGGACCCCUCGCCUGUGCACGGCCACACAGGGUGAGGUGCUCCCAUUAGAGAAAGGAAACCAGCUCAGUGUCUGGGUACAGAACAUUUCACUGGUGAACCUUGAGGAUGGAGCCACAACCUUUGGGAUGUACAAACUGUAGGACUACUAUAUGAGCAUGUGCAUGGACCUAAGCUGAAGAGGGGGAGCUCAUUAAGUGGAUGGACUUGGAUUUAAAUCUUCUGAGAACACUUAAA